AUGGCAGACAGCUUCGCACAAAUCCCUUCUGGCGCUCUCAUCCAGCCAAAGCUUUUCAAAGUCUCAAUCGAUGAUGAAAAGGUUGAUGAGCUCAAGCUGCUUAUCAAGCUUAGCAAAAUCGCACCGCCUACCUAUGAGUCUACGCAGAAGGAGAAGAAUUUUGGCAUCACUCACCAAUGGCUUACAGAUGCUAAAGCUGCUUGGAUGAAAUUUGACUGGCGAGCUGCCGAAAAGCAUAUCAAUUCAUACAACCACUGGAUAGUGCCUGUCCAACAUACAAAAGGCGUCUUUGAUGUUCAUUUCACUGGUCUCUUCUCAAAGAAGUUCGACGCUGUCCCUUUGGUGAUGGUUCACGGCUGGCCAGGUAGUUUCCUAGAGUUUCUACAGAUCUUGUCGAUUCUAAAGAAUCGCUACACUCCCGAAACGCUGCCGUACCAUGUUAUUAUUCCAUCCUUGGCGGGGUUCGCCUUUUCCAGUAAACCACCGAUGGACAGAGACUUUGGCAUUGAAGACUCUACACGCCUGAUCAAUACGCUCAUGGUCCAGCUGGGCUUUGGAAGUGGUUAUGUCGCCCAGGGUGGUGAUCUCGGGAGCGUAGUAUCUCGCCAGCUCGCAACAGACUAUGAAGAGUGCAAAGCCAUUCAUAUUAACCUUUGCAUGAUUUCUGAACCAGUCGAUGAUGUCACCGGCGAGGUCACAGAAGCCGAAAAGGAAGGCCUUAUACGUGGCGAAGAAUUCAUGACGCGAGGCUCAGCAUACGCCAUAACCCAUGCCACCAAGCCAAGCACAAUCGGUCUCGUCCUUUCAUCCUCGCCCUUGGCACUUUUGACCUGGAUCGGCGAGAAAUUUCGCGACUGGACAGACGAAGAGCCUCCUAUGGACGAGAUUCUAACCUCUGUCUAA